AUGACAGCCUCUACCCUGUUUGCUGAGCGAUCGAAUCGGGAUGGGAUCUUGGACAAAAUUCAAGUGGUGCAAGACUGCACCGCGUGUCUGAGCGCGUCUUCGGAUGGGCCCUGCAUCGUGUGGAACCUCGAGACCUUCGUGCGCACCCAGGCCAUGUUCGCGUCUACCGUCUUCCGCCGCGUGCUCUACCACCCGGACGAGAGAGAGAAGCGAGGAGGACAUCAGAGCCUGAACGACGACGGUUUGCGGCGGAAGCUGGUCGAGUGUGGCCGGCUUGAGGAAGCUAAGGCGUGCGCAGGAACGCCGCGAGGGCGUGUGCUAGGACAAGUAUUGGCGUGUGCGGUAGCGUUCGUGAAGGACAGACGAUUGCAGGGGCUCGCCCGAACGUAUGCGGCGUUCCUGCUCGUGCUCGUGCCCGACACGCGCGAUGAUGCUGGUCGUGGGGCGGUGGCCGCGCUAAGGCCGGUGCGCUCCCCGGUGGUGUCCAAGUACUCGCGGCAAACCCCGGAGAGUGCCCCGGAGAGUGGUGAGAGCGACUCUGGGUGGACCACGUUUGGGCAAGCCAAGCUCCUAGCGAGCGGGAAACCGACGCUGGGGCUGGGGGUGCGCUACUUCGUCGACCGAGGGGCGAGGCGAUCCCCAAGCGCGUCAAAGAUAGCGGCCGCACAUGGUGUUCCCAUGUGA